UGGAACCUCGUGUGUGGGGACAGCUGGAAGGUCCCGCUGCAGCGCACGGGCCACCUCCUGGGCUGGCUGCUGGGGUCCGUGCUCCUGGGUGCGGGCUGUGACCGCUUUGGCCGCCGGACUGUUUUUGUGUCCUCCUUGGUCCUGGCCACUGUCCUUGGUGCUGGCGAGGCCCUGGCUGCCCAUUUCCCUGCCCUGCUGGUCCUGCAGCUGCUCCGAGGAGGCGCCUUGGCAGGGGCUUCCCUGGCUCUCUAUGUGGCACGCCUGGAGUUGUGCGACCCGGUGCACCGCCUGGCCUUCUCCUCGGGUGCUGGCCUCUGCUACGUGCUCGGUGCGCUGCUGCUGCCCGGGCUAGCUGUGCUGGCACAGGACUGGCAUCUUCUGCAGGGGCUGAGUGCCCUGGCAACCGGGCUCCUGCUGCUCUUUUGGGGCUUCCCAGCCCUGCUCCCCGAAUCCCCCUGCUGGCUGCUGGCUACAGGGCAGCUGGUGCGGGCCAGGAGGGUCCUGUGGUGCUUCGCAGAGGCCAGCGGGGUGGACCCUGAGCACAGCUCCUUGGAGGACAGCUCCCUGUCUACAGAGCUGGCCGACUUGGCCACAGGCAGCACCCAGCCUCGGUACCACUCGGUCCUGGGCCUCCUGCACACCCAUGUCACCUGGAGAAACACACUCAUCCUGGGCAUCAGCUCGCUGGUUGGUGGGGGCAUCCAGGCCAGCUUUCUGAGCAGCCUGGUCCCACUUGAGACGUCCUUCUACCUGCCCUAUUUCCUGGAGGCCAGUCUGGAGGCUGCGGCCAUCAUCUGCCUGCUCCUGACUGCCAAUCGCUGGGGUCGCCGCCUCGUCCUGCUGCUGGGGACCCUGGCCACAGGCCUGGCAUCCCUGCUGCUGCUUGCUGGAGCUCAGUACCUGCCAGGUUGGGUCACUCUGCCUCUGUCAGUGCUGGGCCUCCUGGCCUCCCAGACCAUGUCAGUGCUCAGCAGCCUCUUCGCGGCCGAGGUCUGCCCUACAGUGAUCAGGGGCGCCGGGCUGGGCCUCGUGCUGGGCGCCGGGUCCCUGGGCCGGGCAGCUGCACCCCUCACGGAGCUGGCAGGCCAGCGGGGCUUCUUCCUGCAGCACACAGUGCUCACCUCCCUAACCAUCGUGGUCCUGCUCUGCAUCCUGCUGCUGCCUGAGACCUGCGGCCGGGCACUGCCCGUGUCACUGGAGGAUUCCGACCGCCUGUGCCGCUCCCCUCUCCUGUGUGCCCAUCAGUCCCAGGACCACCUGCCCCUUCUGCUGCCCUCCCACUGAAGGCGCUGGUACAUCCCCACAGCCUCACCGCUGGGGGGCCCCUAAGCCCCAGAUGUCUGGCCUGGGGGACCACUGUGGGCAGAUCCCCCAGCCACAGUCAGUGUAGGCUGGACAGUGUGGGGACAGCACUAGAGUGUCCCCAGCCAGGCCCUCUCCCUAGCUAAGUGUGCAAGAUAAAGGCAGCACUGGAA